AUGUCGCGACCGCGCGUUUUUUUUGAUAUAACGAUUGGCGGUAAGAGUGUCGGACGCAUUGUUAUGGAAUUAUAUGCGGAUAUCGUUCCAAAGACUGCUGAAAAUUUUCGAUGUUUAUGCACAGGCGAGAAAGGAAUGGGCAAAUCAGGCAAACCACUUCAUUAUAAGGGUUGCAAAUUCCAUCGCAUUAUCCCGAAUUUCAUGGCUCAGGGUGGUGAUUUUACACGUGGCAAUGGUACCGGUGGUGAAUCAAUUUAUGGCGAAAAAUUUAAUGAUGAGAACUUCCAGAUGAAACAUACCGGACCAGGAAUUCUUUCAAUGGCGAACGCUGGACCAAAUACGAACGGAUCUCAGUUCUUUAUUUGCACUCUUAAAACAGAAUGGUUGGAUGGAAAGCAUGUCGUUUUCGGUCACGUAAUUGAUGGUAUGGAUGUUGUUAAAGCGAUCGAAGCGGUAGGGUCAAGUACAGGAAAACCAACUAGUGAUGUUGUGAUCUCCGAAUGUGGCCAACUAUGA